ACAGCAUUAUGCCCAUAGUUCACCCAUGAGGCCACUAUUACACCCAGAUGGGUGGUGUGAGAAACUAAAGCAGGCUGUCGUAGCCCCGUAUAUAUAUCAGUUCCAAGAGUGACAGUCAGGUUGGUGGAAGGGCAGGUAUGGGGGCUUUGUUUAUCAAAUAUUUGCUUAUGAAUGUCUAUCAAUUCCUGAUUUAUUCCUCCUUUUUCUUUUCUGAGUCUUCAUUUCUGUCUUCAUCGUGUAAGUUACUGAGAAAGUUUUAUCUUAACGGCUUGCACAAACCUGGUGAUGUAAUCCUGGGAGGACUUUUUGAAGUCCACUACAGCUCUUCCUUCUCUGAACAAACAUUCAUCUCAGUACCACAACAACCCAGCUGCCAAGGCUUUGACAUUCUAGGGUUCAGACAUGCUAUGACUAUGGCCUUCGCUGUUGAUGAGAUUAAUAACAACUCCAGUUUGUUGCCUAAUGUGACUCUAGGAUACAGUCUUUAUGACAACUGUGCCACUCUUAGCAUUGGGUUCAGUGCUGCUUUGUCAAUGGCUAGUGGCCAGGAGGAGCAGUUUGUGAUUCAGCGGAACUGUUCAGGAACCCCUCCAGUUGUGGGAAUCGUUGGUGAUCCUUUUUCCACUUUUUCUAUUGCUGCCUCAAAUGUUUUAGGUUUGUACAAACUGCCUAUGGUAAGUUAUUUUGCCACAUGUUCUUGUCUGAGUGAUCGGCAGCGUUUUCCAUCUUUCUUUAGAACAAUCCCAAGCGAUGCAUUUCAGGUUCGCGCCAUGAUUCAGAUUCUGAAAUAUUUUGGCUGGACUUGGGCCGGUCUCCUGGUCAGCGAUGAUGAUUAUGGCCUGCAUGUUUCCAGAUCAUUCCAAUCGGACCUGACUCGAUCAGGUGGAGGCUGUUUGGCAUACACUGAGAUUUUACCCUGGGGAGACAAUCCGACUGAAUAUAAAAGGAUUGUUGAUGUGAUGACAAAAUCUACAGCACGCGUAGUAAUUGUGUUUGCACAUCAGAUGCACAUGAUCCAACUCAUGGAACAGGUGGUAAAACAGAAUGUGACAGGCCUUCAGUGGAUUGCCAGUGAGGCUUUGACAUUGCUUGAAGGACUCCAAAUAUCUGCUUUCUCACCAUUUCUUGGUGGAACACUUGGCAUCGCUAUCCGUCGAGGAGAAAUACCAGGACUUCGAGAUUUUCUGUUGAGGAUUCAUCCUAAGCAAUACAACAACAACUAUUCUGAAAAUAACAUGGUGAAACUUUUUUGGGAGCACACAUUUCAAUGCAAGUUUUCCCCACCUCCAGCAGGUUGGGUAGAGGAUGGCGGAAGAAUAUGCACUGGAAAAGAAGAGUUAAACAGUGUGGAGACUGACCUGCUGGAUGUGUCAGAACUCCGGCCUGAGUAUAAUAUCUACAAAGCUGUCUAUGCACUCGCACAUGCACUUAAUGACAUGCUGAGCUGCGUUCCAGAGCAAGCACCAUUUAAUGGGAACUGUGCAUCUUUACACACAUUAGAGCUCUCACAGGUAAUGUACUACCUUGAAAAGGUGACCUUCACCACACAGUUUGGUGACCAAGUUACGUUUGAUGAAAAUGGUGAUGUGUUACCAAUAUAUGACAUCAUGAACUGGAUUCGGCAGCCCGAUGGAAACAUUAAAGUUCAGAAUGUGGGUGAGAUCAAGCGGUCUUCAUCCCAAGAAGAAGAACUUAAAAUUUAUGAGGACAAAAUCUUCUGGAACUUUGAAUCCAAAAAGCCUCCAAAGUCAGUGUGCAGUGAGAGCUGCCAUCCAGGAACACAUAUGGUCAGGAAGAAAGGAGAACCUUUGUGCUGUUUUUAUUGUGUUCCAUGCUCUGAAGGAAAGGUCAGCAAUGAAACUGACUCCUUGGAGUGUGUUAGCUGUCCUGAAGAUUUCUGGUCCAGCCCAGAGCGUGAUCAUUGUGUUCCUAAAAAAACAGAGUUCCUCUCCUAUCAGGAACCUCUGGGCAUCUGUUUGACGGUGACCUCAUUGCUGGGAACAUCUAUUUGUGCUGUUGUUCUGGGGAUCUUCGCCUAUCAUCGAAGCACACCCAUUGUACGAGCCAAUAAUGCAGAACUAAGCUUUCUGAUCCUAGUGUCUCUUAAACUCUGCUUCCUGUGUUCAUUGCUGUUCAUUGGUCGACCCAGACUGUGGACAUGCCAACUCAGACAUGCUGCAUUUGGAAUAAGCUUUGUGCUUUGUGUCUCUUGCAUUCUGGUUAAAACAAUGGUGGUUUUAGCUGUUUUCAAAGCUUCUAAACCAGGUGGUGCAGCCAGUCUCAAGUGGUUUGGUGCUGUACAGCAGAGAGGAACGGUUUUUGCUCUUACUUGCAUUCAGGCAGCAAUUUGCACUGCCUGGAUAGUCACUGUCUCACCAGUACCUCAUAAAAACACUCAGUACCACAAUGACAAGAUUGUGUAUGAGUGCGUAGUAGGGUCCACAAUCGGCUUCAGUGCUUUACUGGGUUAUAUCAGUGUACUAGCCAUUCUUAGCUUUAUGUUAGCAUUUUUAGCUAGAAAUCUUCCAGAUAACUUUAAUGAGGCCAAACUAAUCACUUUCAGCAUGCUGAUUUUCUGUGCUGUGUGGGUGGCAUUUGUUCCGGCUUAUAUCAACUCUCCAGGUAAAUAUGCAGAUGCAGUGGAGGUGUUUGCCAUUCUGGCCUCCAGUUUUGGUCUCUUGGUGGCGCUAUUUGGACCUAAGUGUUACAUAAUACUACUAAGACCAGAAAGAAACACGAAGAAAUCCAUCAUGGGUCAUACCACAACCAAAAGUUGAAGAACAGUUAUUUUUUAUUUUUAUGAGCAGAAACUAUUAUGUUCACUCAGAUUUAUAGGCUUAUAAUAUGUUGCAAUAUCUGCAAUAGUUUUUUAUUUAUAAGUUUAAGUAAAACUUCAUAAAGCAAUGUAAUGUUCUCUGUUUUUUGGUCAUUUUACAUGUCUUCUUCAGUAGUGCACCAAACUCAUGUUCAAGCAAUGUCAGCUAUUUCUGUUUCUAGUGCAACUGUCCUCCACAGUAACCAACAACACAAGCAGUAAUUACA